AGCGCCCAUCGAGCCUAAGAAACACUGAGGGGCUAGGACCCAGCCGUUCGUUCCUGCUCGCCGUUGCGGCUGCUCCUGCCUCUGUCCCCUGAGGCAGUUCACCCGAGGCCAGCCUCCGAGGUCUGCUAGCGGCUACUCACACAACCAACCUCCGCCAUGGGCCUGGAGCUCUACCUGGACCUGAUGUCCCAGCCCUGCCGUGCUGUCUACAUCUUCGCCAAGAAGAACGGCAUCCCCUUCCAGCUGCGUACCAUAGAGCUGCUUAAAGGCCAGCACUACACGGAUUCCUUCGCCCAGGUGAACCCUCUGAGGAAGGUGCCGGCUUUGAAGGAUGGGGACUUCCUCUUGGCAGAGAGUGUGGCCAUCUUGCUGUAUCUAAGUAGAAAGUACAAGGCCCCUGACCACUGGUACCCUCAGGACCUGCAGACUCGAGCUCGUGUAGACGAGUACCUGGCCUGGCAGCACACAGCCCUGCGGAGUUGUUGUACCAGGGCCAUGUGGCAGAAGAUGAUGUUCCCUAUGUUCCUGGGACAGCCCGUCCCUCCUGAGAUGUUGGCAUCCACCUUGGCGGAACUGGAUGGGUGCCUGCAGAUGCUGGAGGACAAGUUCCUGCAGGACCAGGCCUUCCUUGCAGGAUCCCAUAUCUCCGUGGCUGACUUGGUGGCCAUCACAGAGCUGAUGCAUCCUGUCAGCGCUGGCUGCAAAAUCUUCGAGAGCCGACCCAAACUGGCCGCGUGGCGUCAGCGGGUGGAAGCCGCAGUCGGGGAGGGCCUCUUCCGGGAGGCCCACGAAGUCGUCCUGAAGGCUAAGGAUAUGCCUCCCUUGAUGGACCCUACCUUGAAGGAGAAACUGAAGCUCUCUGUGCAGUGCUUGUUGCAUUGAGGGAAUAGCCCGAACCGGGAGACAAACAGUCCAGGGAAACUCGGGGGCGUGCAAGCAAAGGGAUAAAAUAAGGCUGUGUGUCUCUGGCUGUCACUAGGACAUAGAGUCUCUGGUCCACCGUUUCCUCUCCGCCAUUACCAGUGUUCCCUUUGGGUCCCCACCUGGCUUGUGCUGUAACAUUAGCUCUUAUUUGACUUCUGCUGAGAGCUACAGGAAAAUACUUGGGCGAAACUUACCUGGUCACAUUGCUUUUCUUUGAAACUUUACAAACCACUGGAUCGUCCCCACCCUCCAACACCGCCAUACCUUUCUGUCUCCUUUUCUCUGUUCUCACACUGACUCCCAUGCCCUUCAUAUAUAUGCAUAUGUAUAUGUAUAUAUACACACACACAUAUAUUUGAUAUCUGGCACCAUGUUACCCUCUAUGCUCUUAAACCCUUCUUCAGUUUUGGCGUGCAGGAUCUAUGAUCUCUCCGUUGAAUACAUACCAAAGAUGGGGAUUGACUAGUGAAAGGCCUUAGACCUCUGGGUCUUUGCUCCCUGCCUUCGGUGGGGUACAAGGCGGGUUCAUUGUGGUCCUUGCAGGAGAGGAAGUUUUUUGGUAUGUCCUGACUUUUGCUGCCUUCUGCCUGUCUCUCCAAACUGUCAAGCUACUUAAUCUUGUGCCGUAGAACGCCUUUUAUGUGCCUUGCCUAAUAAACACAUCUUUAACAGAA